ACAGGCUACGGACGCAGUGUAUGCCUGCUUCUUCGACCACGCCUGCGACGUCACGUCUCACCGCUCUAGCUGCUCAUCUCUCCUCUGUUUCUGUCACCAGCAACCCUAAAAUGAGCCCAAAACGCAGUCCAAUUACUUCCCAUGUGCUUGACACCACACUGGGAAAGCCAGCGCAGGGAAUGCCUCUUCGUCUGGAGCAGCAAGGAGAGCAUGGCAUAGGUAAUGGAAAUGCUACAUGGACCUUGCUUGGCGAAGGGCUGACGAAUGCAGAUGGAAGGGUCGAAGAUUUGCUACCAUCUUCCCACACUUUGUCACCGGGCAUCUAUAAAAUCACAUUUGACGUGGCGGUUUACUUUCGCGCCAUCAACACCAAGAGUUUCUACCCAAGUGUAACAAUCGAAUUUGAAGUGGAACGUCCCGAGGAACAUUACCAUGUGCCGUUGUUGAUUAAUCCUUUUGCUUACUCCACCUACAGAGGAAGUUGAUGCGAUGAACAGGGACAGGGGGUAGUAGAGGGUGCUGCAGAGAGGUUGAUAAGACAGUGUGGUGAAGCGUAUUAGGGAGCCAUGUCUGUAUUAUAGCAUAAAAAUCAUGACAAAGACAUCAUUUGGCACCUC